CCCCCUGGCACUUGUUAGCUGGCAUUUCAGUUGUGUGAAACACUGACUCAUUGCUGUCAAUAUGGCAAGUCUUUUCACCGUCGUGGCCAUGCUGGCUGUGUUGUCCGGUGGGUUGUGUGAGGAGAAAACCUUUCUGCAGCGAGCUGGUGUGGCCUUUAGCAGCAGACAGUACAGAUCUUUGCUUACUGUGAGCAACGGAGAGCAGUUUGGAAACUGGACCUGGCCAGAGAUGUGUCCUGACAAGUUCUUUGCUGUUGGCUUCAGUCUCAGGGUGGAGCCUAACCAGUACGCGGUGGAUGACACCGCUCUGAAUGGGAUCCGCCUCAUCUGCGCCAAAGACGGAAACCGAAGCUUCGUGUACUCUGUUGAAUCCCACACUGGCUACUUCGGUGACUGGUCCCACCCCCAGUACUGCCCCAGUGGCGUGCUCACCGCUUUCCAGAUCCGCGUGGAACCCCAUCAGGGUCUGUUCGGCGACGACACGGCCGUCAACAACAUCAAGUUCCGCUGCAGCAGCAAUCCGACGCUGGAGGGGACCGGCAUGGACUGGGGAGAGUACGGCUACUGGAGCGAGGAGUGUCACGGCGGAGGAAUCUGUGGCAUCGAGACCAAGAUGGAGCAAUACCAGUACGGCCUGGACGACUCCAGCCUCAACGAUGUGCGCUUCCAUUGCUGUGCCAAGCCUCAGCAGUGAUCGGCAGGUGAACAUCAAGCAGGCCUGAGCAGUUUGAUCCAGUCCGUCUCCAACGCCAUCAACGCUGACCAAUAAUAAAACUAUCAUCUGAAA